CAAAAUAUCUCUUUAACAAAUGUCCUAAGUCUAAAACCUUACUUCCCGGAGCCGGUGGGAAAAAGUAUUUCCAUUUCAAAGCAGAAACAUUAAAUUAAAUUAUUUCUCCCGAAAUCUCUGUUUUCACGUUCUAUCUUUCUUAUUAGGGUUCGCUUUCAAUAAACCCGUUUUCCCUUUUUAAUCUCUUAUCUCCAAUUUUUGUCCAACAAUUCAAUUCUUGAUAUCACCUCACCAUAACAAUUCGCUGAUUUUCCCCGAUUCAAUUGCUAUUUGUAUUAUAUUGACCUUCUAAUUUAGUCGAUCAUCAUGCCGAAAUUUUUAUCAACAUGGAAAAUUGUCAGAUUAUUGAGACAUCACAACGUUAAACCCUUAAUUCGUAAUCGAAUUAAUGCAGUUGAGGCUGGGAAUUACGUUCCAAUUCGAUGUUUAAGCAGCAUUGCUAAAAUUGAUAGCUUUUAUUCUAGAGAUUUAGUUGAUCAUUCAAGAAAUUUCUUCAAUCGUUAUGAUAAUCUGCAGAAAAGAUGGUUUUUGAGUUUUGGAAACGGUGAAGAAGGGAGUGCUUUAUCUAAGGUCUAUGAGGAAAAACUUGUUGUUGGGUACUCUCCUGAACAGCUGUUUGCUGUUGUGGCAGCUGUAGAUCUGUAUGAAGAUUUCUUACCUUGGUGUCAAAGAUCAGAAAUACUACGGAAUCACUCUGAUGGAUCAUUUGAUGCUGAAUUAGAGAUUGGUUUUAAAUUUUUCAAUGAGAGUUACAUCUCACAUGUGGUUUUAGACAAGCCAAAGUUGGUUAAGACCACUGCAUCUCAAAGCAACCUCUUUGAACAUUUGAUCAACAUAUGGGAAUUCAGAUCAGGACCAACUCCGGAGACCUGUAACCUUUACUUCUUGGUUGAUUUUAAGUUCCGGUCACCACUUUACCGGCAGGUGGCAUCAAUGUUCUUUCGGGAGGUGGUCUCUCGAUUAGUCAGUUCGUUCACGGACCGUUGCCGUUUGUUAUAUGGACCAGGGGCAACCAUUGAACAAAGGGCUUAGGAUUUUGGAGGCUUAAUGCUUGGAUGUUGAAUCAAUGUGACUCGGCAUCUCCUCAUGAUUUUUGUUGCUCUAACUUUAGUUUCUUCACUUAUUGAAGUUGUACAUUGAGCCAUUGAGGUACUGCUAGUAUUGGCUUUUCUAAUUGGUUUCUGAAUGGGGAAGUAAAGGGAAGAUUAGAGUUGGAAUUGCUAGUACAGACUUAAAAAUUUUGAAGUUAUGUUAUUGUUUGAAUAGUAAUACAUUAGAAAUAAAUUUAAAAAGCAUAGAAAAUUACAAUAAUCCUUUUAAUAAUCAUUUUUGUAAUAAUUUCAAAGUCUCACAGAAUAGCACCCCACUUGAAGACAUUUUUGGUGGAUUUUUUUUCCUCGGUAAGAGUUUUGUUUGGAUUGUUAUUCAAGGAGGGAAUGAAGAGGAUGGAAGGGAAGGAAAAAUUGAUAUAUUUUUCCUAUUAAAUAUUGAUGAUAUGGGAUUCAUAUUCCGCGGAUUAGGGUAACGAUAAUGUAGUGCUCAGAUGUGCGGUAGUUUGAUGGUAGGCUUUGGUUUUGAGCAUAUGCUUCGACCAUUACCGCAAUAUGAUUUUUUAAGCUCCUCCACAUAAACACCGGAAUACACGGACACGGACAUGCAAAAAUCAGACACGCCAAAUAAAGUGUCCAAUAUUUUUUUCCGGACACGCGGACACGGAAGGAACACGGCAAAAGACACGGCAAGGAGUUAAGGACACAUUUUUUUAAAAAAAAAUAAUAUCUUUUAUUUCUACAUGGUGUUGCCCCACCUCGAUUCCCAUUUUUUUGUAUAUCCUCUUUGAAUAUUUGUUAAUUGUUAUUUGUUAAUAUUAAAUUGUUAAUAUGUUAUUUGUUAAUCUUAGAUUCUUAAUGUUAGUGUUGUAAUUUGAAUUUUAAAAAGUUGAAAAAUUGUGAGUUUUAUGUUUUUAAAGUGUUUAUUUACAUAUAUUAUUAUAUUACCAUUUUCGUGUCCCCGUGUCCGCCAUUUUUAAGUUGACGUUUUCCCGUACCGUGUCGUGUCCGUGUCCGUUUUAGUGCAACCUAGCACAAACAUACUCCAGAGACGUUGACUCGGCACCAAUUGCCAACCAAACUAAGUCCACAUUCGACGGCUCUAGACCCACUUAGGGCGAGAUGUCAUAU